CACGGCCGCGGGGCCCGGGGUGCUGCAGUGGGCGGCGGAACAUGGCGCCGUGGACGUGUUGGCGCUGCUGCCAGCGCACGGUGGGCUGGGUGCCGGUGCUCUUCAUCGCCUUCGUGGUCGUCUGGUCCUACUACGCGUACGUGGUGGAGCUGUGCGUGUUUACUCUUUCUGGAAAUGGAGAAAACGGAAAGGCCGUUGUUUACCUUGUGGCUUUCCAUCUGUUCUUUGUUAUGUUUGUAUGGUCCUAUUGGAUGACAAUUUUCACACCUCCCGCUUCCCCCUCCAAAGAGUUCUACUUGUCCAAUUCUGAAAAGGAACGUUAUGAAAAGGAAUUCAGCCAAGAAAGACAACAAGAAAUUUUGAGAAGAGCAGCAAGGGACUUACCUAUCUACACCACGUCGGCUUCAAGGACCAUCAGAUAUUGUGAAAGAUGUCAGUUGAUUAAACCUGACCGUGCGCAUCACUGCUCAGCAUGUGACAUAUGUAUUCUUAAGAUGGAUCAUCACUGUCCUUGGGUGAAUAACUGUGUGGGAUUUUCUAAUUAUAAAUUCUUCCUGCUAUUUUUAUUGUAUUCCCUAUUAUAUUGCCUUUUCGUGGCUACAACAGUUUUACAGUGCUUUAUAAAAUUUUGGACGAAUGAACUCUCAGAUACACGUGCAAAAUUCCACAUACUUUUUCUUUUCUUUGUGUCUACAAUGUUCUUCAUCAGCGUCCUGUCACUUUUCAGCUACCACUGCUGGCUAGUUGGAAAAAAUAGAACGACAAUAGAAUCAUUCCGUGCACCCACAUUUUCAUAUGGACCUGAUGGAAAUGGUUUCUCUCUUGGAUACAGUAAAAAUUGGAGACAAGUCUUUGGUGAUGAAAAGAAAUAUUGGCUACUUCCAAUAUUUUCAAGUUUGGGUGAUGGUUGCAGUUUUCCAACUCGCCUUGUGGGGAUGGAUCCAGAACAAGCUUCUAUUUCAAACCAAAAUGAAUAUGCCAGAAGUGUUGGCUCAAAUCAACCCUUUCCUGUCAAACCACUUAGUGAAUCAAAAAACCGAUUAUUGGACAGUGAAUCUCAGUGGAUAGAGAAUGGAUCUGAAGAAGGCAUUGUCAGAUCAGGGACAAAUAACCAUGUUACAGUGGCAAUAGAAAAUUGAGUACUACUUGUUCAUAACUAACCAAUUGAAUAAGAGCAAGGUUUGUAAAGACAUCUUAUGGACCAAUAUUCUCAGUUUUAUUUGCAAGAAUGAUCAAUGGAAUGAAAUAAUUGAAGUAUAACAGAAGAUGUGUUUUUUUAAAAAGGAAGCCUUCGUACAGAUCGUUAGACCCACAGAAGCACUACUCUAGAGCAGAAAGAUGCCUUAAUCUUGAAUAAGCCCAUUUGUGCAACAUUGACCUACAGCUACAAGAGCGACUUAAUUUUACUUUGGAAAUAACACUAUGAGAUGCUAUAAUAUGAGCUAUCAAAUCACACAUUAACAUGGUAUAUGUAUUUUUUUGAUACCUGAGUUACAUUAUUAGAGUUGUUUCUUAGUAUCCGUAUAAAUUUUCACUCCAGAAACACAAGCUAAAAACUUAAGUGAAGUACAUCUAGGGCAGUAUGGUGGCUGAAAAUGAAUAAUAAUAUCCAAAUUACUGUUGCUUGUAUUGUGUAAGGACAAGAAAAUAACUGCUUUUUUUUAAAUUGGGUGUUUGCUAAUUUAUAAUUAGUUUUAUACUUUUCAACAUUUUUAAUAAAGAUUUCUUUAUUGUUGGCUAUAAAACAACACUCAGAAGGAUUCAGAUAUCUGAAUAUAAUCAUUUAAAACAUGGAGCACAUUUGUAUAAUUCAUUGAAGCUUAGUUCUGAGCAUUAAUACAACCAUGUAGUAGUGUCUUGCCCAAGGCUGAAACGACUUGGCAGUUUAAGAACUUUUUUGUUUCUCUCUGCUUUCAAAUUACUUUUUUGUUGAACUUUCAUGGGUAUUUAUAUGGGCAGGAAAACACAAAGGUACACGUGGUAUAGAAAUAUUGGACACAGCAGGACUAUGUGGAAGUUUCGGCUAGAAGAAAAGUAUAAAGAGAAAGAUAGGCAGGCUAUUGUAAGCUGUUAAAUAUUUUCAGUCCUAAGGUAUUUAGAAUGCAACAUGCUGUUGGGUUGACUUGCAAAUUUCAAUUUAGGUAAUGACUAAAAAUUACUUUGAAACUUUUUGUAGUAAUCCUAUAACAGCUUAAACAGUGACUUAAAAUACAGUUUGAACUAGGAUAAAACUGUUUAGCAUAAUACUGCUCUCAGCAAAGAAAUUAUAACCUGAGUAGUCAUUUAAAACUUCUGGUCUCUGAGAGGUAGAUUCCACUCUUAAAUGCAAAAUUUUAAAUCUGACUUCCUAACAGCAACCCCUUUUUGCCUAGACACAACCACUUUUUCCUUUUGAAAUCCAGUCUCAAUGACAGGAAUUGUUGCAUUAAUUCUAAAGAAGAAUACAGUUAGAUGUUACUUAUAGUUACAAUGUAGACAUGUUACUCCUCAUUUAUACUGUUUAGUCAGAUACACACACACAAACCAAAAUGAUUGAUUGCUUCCAGUAGUGGGAAGAGAUAAUCUUAACCAGCAUCAAGAGUUGUAGUUUCCCUAUCUGUAAAAUGGGAUGGGGGGCCGUGUUAUGAAGGAGUUGGGCUGGAUAACCUCUAAUGUUCUUUGAUUUUUAAUUUUGCAAAAUAACCUUACUUUCCAUUCAUCCAACAAAUAUUUUUGGAGUACCUUCUGUACACCCAACAAUAUACUAGGGAUAGCUCUGUAAUUACCCAAUGUAGCAUAAAUUUUAUGGUCAGCUAUUCUGGAUUUACAAUUUAUUUACAAUUACAAUUUAUAGGAUUUGUCUAAUUCCAUUGGCUAUACUAACAUUAGAUUUUAAAAGGAGGUAACAUUUUUUCCCCUUUGAAGCAAAGGAAUGAGUUAUCUUUGAAAAUAUAAUUUAGAAUAGUAUAAUAUGAAUUCUUCUGCCUUUAUUUCAACUCUGUAACCUUAAUAAUCUUGAUUCCAGAAAACUUUUAAAUAUGAGAGUUAAGGGAUAUCAGUUACCAACCAAAAACAUCAUUUCAGUUUGGGAGUUUGCAUAUUAUAAGGAAAUAGUAAAUGUUUCAACUCAUUCGACUACUUGCAGAGAUGUUCGCCUGGUACUUUUUGUAUGUCCACAUUUAGAUCACAGGAUUUGCAUGCACCUGAUUAACAACUGAGGAAACAUAAUUUUCCUCUUUAACCUAUUGAGGCACGUUUGUGGGGUUGUAAUCUUUCUCAGUUCUUUUAAUUUCUGUUAUUUAACAUCAUAUUUAAUAGCAUAGUAAACACCUUUUCAGAAAUUUUCAAUUAAAGCCUUUCACUUUAGUUCUCUUUGGUUUAAUUUAUGGCCAACAUUUUGCCACAUUCUAGAUAAUAUUUGGCUGAGUUUAUUCAUAUAUAUUAAUGACCAUUCAACAAGGGCCUACAGGAUGGGAAUCAGGGAAAGGCUGCCUCUUUGGUAUUUCAACUGGUAUUGAUCAGUGUGAGCAACUCUGGGGAGAAAAAGUCAAAAUGAAGCCUUGUCAAAAUUUAUUAAUGCUAUCUUUGGUCCUUCAAACACUUGAACAUUUGUGAUGGUAUUUAAGGAAAGUGAAGUUGAAUUUCAGGUAUUGCCACUGCCAUUAAAAACAAAUUGGACAGGAGACUUGGUUUUACCUGGGUACAAACUUACUUGAAUAUUCAAGACAUCUGACCAGUACCACCAUGCCAAACCGAAGAGCAGCUGCAGUGUAGUCAUUAUUAAACACGAACUGUUUGCAAAGUUUAGUUUCAUCUUUACAUAUGGAUGAUUUUUAAGUCUUUUUACAUAUUUAGUGGUUAAUUUAACUAUAAAGUUAGUUUAAAUCAAAUAUGCAAUGUUUACUUGAAUUUUAUUUCUAUUAGAAAGCGGAUUUUAACUAUGUUUACAGGAUUGUUUAAAGGUUAUCAGACAUGUGAGUUUCCACUCAGUAAUCUUUAAAGCAAAUGUAUAUUAAGGGCUUCACGUUGGGAUCUGCGUAUUUGGGGCACUAAAUAGACAGUGACUUACAAAUAUGCUUCACUUACAUUUUGUUCUAGGACUAGCACUGCUAUCAAUGGAAAGUAUUUUUAACUAAUCUGUUAUUAAGAAAUUAAUGAUAUUUUUGCAUUGCAGCCAAAAUAAAUACCAUAUCUUAAUAAUCUGUAAGGUACAGGUAAUAUAUAAUACCUGAAAUCCAUGUGUUUCAUAUGAUCUGAACUAUAUUUUCCAAUUUAAAUUAAAAAUGCAACAUAGAUUCAGAAAGGUCCAUAUUUUUCUAAUGACUUCACUUUAUAUUAUUUUGUUGGGUUACAUAAAAAAGCAAAGAAUUGUAUUUGUAUUAAAAGCUUAAGAAAGUCAAGUUUACUAUAUUUGUACAUGAUUGCACAUGAUUCUGUGCCCCUUUCAAAGAAACGAUGGACACUAUUUUAAAGUGAUCUUUAAUAUGCUUUUAUAUAAACAAAUUUGAAAUACAGUUUACUUUGGUUGUCUUUACUUAUCAAGUACCAUCAGUCUUGUAUUUGUUUCUCAUAAGUAUAACUCUGGACCAUGACUUAAUGUUAACUCUUUGCUUUGUCUUUUGGAUGGCCUAACCUACAUUAACAUGAACGCUGAACAUUUUUAAGCUUUUUUUUCAAAAAUCAUAAUAAUAAUUUACUUUAUUAAUAAAUUUAAAAGUCCUGUAUUUGAACAGUUUGUUGUUGUUGUUGUUGUUAUAAAGUGGUAUUUACCAAAUGAGAGAAUAACUUAUUUUGCUCAUCUUGAAAAUCUGGUAAAAGAGUGUGUAGGGAAAGAGAUUUGACUAAUGAUCUGGGGUGAACACAUCUAAGGUAUUAUUUGGUGCAACAACAUUGUAGUUUACCUAGGCCAGAGGUGUAGAUUGCUUUAUUCAAAAAGAUUUUAACUUAGCUUUUACUGAACAUAAUUUAAUUUUGAAUUCAGAAGUCACUUUAAGAUUGUAAGUGCCUUCAAAACAGUAUAAAAGUUGUAAAAUUGUGGUUGUCAAAAUGCUGAAUAAUAAAUUUUAUCUUGUGUAGAA